GGCCACGCAGAGACCACUGCACGAACCAGCUUGCAAAUCCGCACCCGCAACCGCACAGAGCAUCAGCACCAACACCACGGACGCGGACCCCAGGAUCGUUACUGGGGUGGUCCUUCACGUUCUGGAAGCGCUAGAGGGGUCAACGAUCUGAAAUCCGAAAAUUCUGGCCCGACAGGGAGCGGCCGCAGCGACCCCUCAUCAAACAUGUCAGCAACGUGCGGCUGCAAGUCGCCGCAUCCAGAACCUCAUCAUUUCAUAUCCAAUAUCCAUAUUUUGAGGUGGAAGAGGGGUAAUUUGUGCGACCGUAAGCUUAAGAGAUAACAAUGGAGGCCAACACCUUCUCCACGGAGCUGAGCGAGGUAGUGAGACGCUUUCUUUUGAGACGGCGCAGCACGUGAGCAUGAUGUCAAGUGUCGAAUUGCCUCUCAAAAACGAUAGAGAUAUAAAGUAAAGCAUAUCACUCAUCUUGAAUCGUUGAAUAUCACAGAUAAGAAGAUACGAUGGCGCCUACACUUCUCAUGAUCGGCUCCGGCCCAGGUAUCGGCCUCUCAACAGCAUCACUUUUUGCCUCCAAGAAAUUCUCAAAAGUCGCUCUGAUAUCGAGGAACAAAGAACGUCUUGUCACGGAUCGUGAGGCUGUUCUUGCAGCAGCGAAGAAUACCGACGUGAAGACCUGGGUGGCUGACGUCGUGGAUAGCGAGAAGUACAAGAAUGUCUUGAAGGAGGUGGAGGAAUGGUCUGGAGAAGGGGUUGAUUGUGUAAUCUUCAAUGCUGCGAGGGUAGAGCCCAGUACUUUACUCGAGUUCCCCGAGGAAGAGAUUGUGAAGGACUUCAUGACUACGAAUAUUGCUCUCUACACCACGGCUCAAUGGGCACUACCUCUCCUGUCGAAGAUGAAGGAGGAGCAAAAACCAUCGUUCUUGGUAACGAGUAGUCUGCUCUGGAAGCAGCCAGUUCCGUUUGUCUUCAGCUUGAGCUUGGUUAAAGCCAGUCAGCGGAACUUGGUGGAGACUAUGAAGAUGACUUUUCCUGACAUACAUAUCGCACUUCUCAAUGUUGGUGGAGUCGUCAGCCCAGAAGACACGUACCUCAACCCUCCCGCCAUCGCAGAGAAGUUUUGGGAACUGUAUGCUCAGGAGAAAUCCGCUUGGACUUUCGACUUAGAAAUUCUUGGAGCUCAAUAAUUCUGCGUUGUUUGUCUUUCUGUCACACAAUACUCUCAUGAAUUUCUCGAGAUGUUUUAAGAUAGGCAAAUUGUGUAAGCUUGGGUAUCAGUGUUCUAUAAUGUAAUGCAGUUUCUAUAAUCCAUCGCCAUUGUAU